UCGCACUAGAUGUCAACAAAAAGGUAAACAAUAAUUUUGAUACAAGUCAUCAACACACAUCAAGAGUUCUAGAACCCAAGAGCCAAAAAUUCCAAAUUCUUCAUGCCAUCGAUAAUGAAAGAAAUGAACACCAGUAGUGAUAAUCUGAAUCCUGUCAAUAAGCCAAAGCCAAAAGCGACGCGACCCAAACCAGUCUACUUGUGGACUACAUCUGAUGUUCAAAAAUGGUUUCGUCGUCACUGUAGUGAUUUUUAUACAGUGUACAGUGACAAAAUGAGUCAGAAUGGGAUAUGUGGAAGAGCAUUGUUGAGGAUGAAUGAUAUUUCACUUGAAAGGCUAGGCAUACACAAUGCAGAACAUAGAGAAGAAAUCUGGCGUCAAAUCACAAAACUUCGGCUCAAAGCUGACAUUUUAGAAAUGAAAGAUAUGGAGAGACGUUCUGAUCUGAACAACUGAAUAUUAGGCCUAAUAUGCAGUUUUUUGUCAGUCAACAGGCAUAUUUUUCCAUAUGACGAUUAACUCUGAGGUUUGAUUUUCAAUUUGAUCUGGUCGUGAAGUUUUCAUUUACAAUGUUUUUCUGUUUAACCGAUCAUAUUUACAUUCUUUUUUUUCAAUAAAUGUAUAAAGUUUCUA